CUGCUAGUGGUGACGUAACCCACUGACAAUGAGAGUCCAGAUCAGAAUAGUUGUAGCACCAAAAGUAACCUGAGCACCCGUGACUUCAUAAUUGGCUGUGAAGUCCAAAGUUAACUUAAAGUAGGUCUCAAAAGCUAGACAGAUGAAUGAAACAGAAAGUAUGAUAAACAAAAUUGCUGCUAAAAGUUACCACUGGUCGGACUGUAAAACUUGCUAGCCGCCCCCAGACGGUCUGAGUCUAGCGUUGAAAAAAAAGUCAAGUGGCUAACGCGGAGCUAGGCAACACUUGGCUAACCGGAUCCGUUGACAGAGGUUGACUCAGGUUACUGUGCCGCUUCCUUGGCGUUAACAGGGUUGGUGUGAACUAGCGACGUUUUUAAAUUCAAUGUGUGCAACUGACAGCUGAAGCUUUUUGUCAGUUUGUCAGUGUGCUGCAUUGGACGGGGAGAUAAUGUUAGCUAGCUAAGACGGGCGGCGUUAGCUUUAGCAAAACAAGAGCUGUGCUUAAGGAGUCAGCUGACAGACUGCUGUGAGCUGCCAACAGACCAGUGAUGGAUCAACUGAAAGUGAAGGAUCGCAUACUGGAAAACAUCUCCCUGUCUGUCAAGAAGUUGCAGAGUUACUUUGCGGCCUGUGAAGAUGAGACUCCAGCCAUCCGAAAUCACGACCGGGUCCUGCAGCGCCUCUGCGAACACCUUGACCAUGCUCUGCUGUAUGGACUGCAGGACAUCUCCUCCGGCUACUGGGUCCUGGUCCUUCACUUCACCAGGAGAGAGGCUGUCCGACAGAUAGAUGAGCUUCAGCACAUAGCAACCAACCUUGGUCGAAGUCGGGCAUGGUUGUACCUGGCACUGAGUGAGAGCUCUUUAGAGAGCUAUCUACGCCUCUUCCAGGAGAACCAGGCCUUGCUACACAAAUAUUAUUUCAAGAACGCAUUGGUCUGCAGCCAUGACCACCUCACACUCUUCCUCACGUUGGUGUCCGGCCUGGAGUUCAUUCGCUUUGAUCUGGAGCUGGAUGUUCCCUAUCUGGACGUGGCCCCCUACAUGCCAGAAUACUACAAACCUCAGAACCUCCUGGACUUUGAGGAAAGGCUACCCAGCUCAGACAGCUUGUCCCUUCACUCCUUCACCUCCCUCACCUCCACCAACCUGGAGUGGGAUGACAGCGCCAUAGCCCCCUCAAGUGAAGAUUAUGAUUUCGGUGACAUCUUCCCCGUGUUGCAGUCAUUGCCAAGUGCAGACUGGGAAGAGGGUGACCUGACCGACCAGGCAAGCUGCCCACGAUCCAGUGGCUCUGAUCCCCAGACAGUCGUCAGCGACACAGUGGUCCUCUCUGUGGGCACUGUCAAGGUGAAGGUGGCGGCUCAUCCUUCUCCACACAGCCCCACGUCCAGACACAACCCCUUCAAUGAGGACUCGGACACCAACACUACCAACACCUCAGCUGACGUCACACCAGUUCAUGUGGCCAGCCGCUACAGUACCACCAUCAUUGGAGAUGACAUGGAGAACGCCAGCAACGAGUUGGAGGUUAUCAGGAUGGCUAGACGAAGGAAACCCGCCAAGAAGCGACGAGGGAAAGGCUCCACAGACUCCAUCAGCAGCAUCCAUAACUCUGUCUCCUCCGAGCACAUCGAAGUAGACAACAGCUUCAUGUCGUCGGAGGACGUAGAUUCAUUAAACGGCACUGUGAUUCAGCUGGAUAGUGAGGCAGAGUUGAGGAGAAGCAGGGUUGGAUCAGAGGUCGUGGAGGAAGGAGAUGAGGAUGGAGUAGAAAGCCUCCUGCGGCUCCCAGAGAUGACCGACACCUCCAUGGACACUGUGGGCCAACCCCUCCGUGAUGUCAUGGACCGGCUCAACGGGGCUCUGGAUAGGGAGGAGGCCUGGGAGCACCCUAAGGAGAAAAACAAUGAAGGCUGCAGCCAGGGCCCCGAGCCUCCUGCACAGCAGCCCUUUCGAGAGGAUUCAGGGGGCGAGCCACCUGACCGAGCCCCAGGAGAGGCAUCGCUCUCCCCACUGGCCAGCCCCAACUUCCUGCAGGCCUCUGCUGCACCUGCAGACGUACGCUGCUUUACCUCCUUCAGUCCAGGCUCUACUCCCUCGGGUGGUGGGCACUAUGACUCUACAGAGCUUAGCCAGUCACAGACUCUUUCAGGUGGCCUUGAAGAUGAAGGAGAGGCAAAAGCGACAGCACGACAGGAGCCCGACAUAAUGACCGGAGAGGAAGACACAGAAGGAGGAGAGGAUAAGAAUAUGAUUACUGAGGAAGCAGAAGAACUACAAGAGGACAAGCUGAGUCCCUCUGAGAGCUCUCAUCCUGCAGAGUUUAAGGUGGACAACAAUCACUUGCUUCUUCUCAUGAUUCAUGUAUUCAGAGAGAACGAGGAGCAGCUCUUCAAGAUGGUGAGAAUGAGUACAGGUCAUAUGGAGGGAGACCUGCAGCCCCUUUACCUGCUGCUGACUGACUGUUACAUCUACCUGCUUAGAAAGGGUGCAGCAGAGAAGCCAUACUUUGUUGAAGAGGCUGUUUCCUACAAUGAGCUGGACUAUAUUUCAGUGGGCCUCGACCAACAGACAGUGACAGUGGUUUGCACCAACAGACGAAGAAAGUUCCUGUUGGACACGGCUGACUCCUCUCUUACUUUGUGGUUCUUGUCUGUUCUCAAGUCAGCCAUGGUGAAAGGUUGUCGUGAGCCUCCUUACCCCUCUGUUCUAACUGAUGCCACCAUGGAAAAACUGGCUCUUACUAAGUUCAUCUCCCAGGAAUCUCAGUGUGAGGUAUCGGAAGUGUCCAUCCAGCUGUAUUCACUGGUCCACUGGGAGGAUCCUAUGGACAUGGCUUUGUCACCCCACAGUGGCCCACCAAAGUUUGGAGUAUCUUCCAGCACCAAGGAGGGGACCGUACAGUACCGAGCUGGAACCACCUACCUGGGCAAAGAGCUGUGGAAAAGCUGCUACCUCAUCCUCAGCAAUGGGAUUCUGUAUCUGUAUGCAGAAAGAACCGAUGUGACACCUCUACUGUCAGUCACUAUGGGAGGAGAACAUUGUGGAGGCUGCCGUCGCUCAAACAGCACAGAGCGUCCUCACGCCUUUCAGGUCAUCCUGACAGAGCGACCUCCGCUGGAGCUCAGUGCCAACAAUGAGCAGGACAUGGCCGACUGGAUGCAGCUGCUCUGCCAGUCCGUCUCCAAGGGGGUCAUCCCUCAGGGUGUUGCCCCCACUCCAUGUAUCCCAUGUUGCCUGGUAGUGACAGACGGCAAGCUGCUAACCUGCCAUCAGGACUGUCAGACCAGCUUCUUCCGGUCUCUGGGCAGCGUCGAUAUUUGUGAUGUCACCGCUGUCAACGUGGAGGCCGACAAGCAUUACUGUGUUAUUGAGUUUGCAGCGGAUCGCACUCAGUACCUUCCUCCAUGGGUCUUGUAUUUCAGUGGCUGUGAGGAGAGAGAUCGGUUGCUUGAGGCGUUAGACAACACAUGGAAGGCCAUUUUCCAGGUUGACCUUCCCCACAGAGGGGUGCUGGAUCCAUCUGUGCAGAAGCGUUGUGGUGAGGCCCUCGCCCUGAUGAAUAGUGCCUGGCAGAGGGCAGACAGUCUGGCCCGAGGCAGAGCCCAGCGCGAACCCUGGUGCUGACGGACACACACAAAAACACACAGAGACAGACUCACAGUCAAACAGUCUGAUAUAGUUCCAGGAUAGAUGGAGUAAUUCCAGCUUUACAGUCACUGCAAACUGUUGAGUCCUGAAAGUCUGAGAUGAACCAAUCCGAUGUGGUUAUAGGUCGUUGUCCUACCAAGUUAGCUUGUGAUGCACCUCUGAUCCACUGAUGAAGUGUUUCAAUCCCAGAAACUCCCUGCAGAAGUAGCAAUGCAUGUGGCAAACAGUAAGAUGUUCUCACUUGAUGUACAAACGAACCUCCAGCAGAACACUAGAGCAGGUCUGAUUUGAUCCUGGUGAUAUUAGCAGUCCUAAAUACCAGUAAUGCAGAACAAACAUGCUGAAUCAAGUAAAAGUGUGGUGUCAUGUAAUGGGAUAUUUUCGCCGUAUGGGAGAAAAAGCUCUGUUGGAAAGGUUAAUGCAAUUAAUGUACAACGCACAACAGUAGUUUGACAGGAAGACUUUGCAAUCAACCUACAAAUUCAAAUAAGUCCUGCUGAAUUGAAUUUGAGAAAUUUGUCUCAACAACGUAAACAUUGUCAGAGGGGAAUCUUAAAAAGAACACUGAUGUACAGAAGUAAUCUUUCGAAGCCUUGACUUAAAGAUUUAGAAUGAUAAAACACAUAUUUAGCACAGUGAGGAAGCUGAGUAGAGAUUAAGCUUCCCUGCACAGUGACAUGAGAGAAUCAUUAAUGUUUUCUUCAAAGAACAAAUGUGGUGAUAUUAAUCGAAGAAAGCCAUAUAUGAAGGAGGCAGUUGCUGCUUAUUUGUGACUUGGAAAACUUCACACUCCUCGCCUUGCACACGAUAUAAAUCACUAAUGCUCUCUGCUUGCACAACUCGCACAUCUGUGUGAAGAUAAAAGCCACUUCCUGCUUACACAGAAACAGUUACAGGAUGUUUUACUGAAGCCUAACUGUGGUACAGUUGUAGAGCAAAUGUACAGCGCUUGUACAGUGUCAACACAUAGUCACUGACGACUUGUCUAAGGGGACAAACCUCUACAUUUUAUUAUCAUCACAUCGUACAUUAGCUUGAGUGAAUGAGGAUCUUGAUAUGAAAAACGUGGAUAUUUAAUACUUGCACUGUUACAUGACAUGCUCAUUCCUGUAUCGUCUCUGAGAUUUUGCCUCUCCAAUUUAAAUGUUGAUUUAAAAAAAAAAAAAAAGAUGCAUCAGCAGAUGCAACGGACUUGCCUUUUCUCCACUCUGCAGAGAUGAGUGGAGGCUUUCAUGCAGACUUGCACAUUGUUAGUGUUUUUUUAAUGGUAUCAGUUGUGGUUAUGUGUUAAUAUCAUAACUUGUGCUGUGUUAUUACCAUUUUAGAGAAAGUGGGAACAAUUGUUACUAAAUUAUUCAGUAAGUGGUGAUAUUUUAAUGAUAUUGAAUUUCGUGUCUGCAUUAGUGGACGUGUACUGAGAGCGGGUAAGAAUGAGUCUGUUUGAAGUUGUAUUGGCACCACUGGUUGGUGGCAUCACACUAUACUGUACAGUAAGAUCUGCCCACUUCACCAAAUUAGAUCAUCCCUUCACGUACUUGUCGUCAUUUUAGUGGAGUAGGGCCAUUUCUGAGGUAUAUAAAAUUAUUAAAAAGCCUUUUAACCUACAGCAAGUGUAGCAUCUGUUCUCAGCAGAUUGAAAUUGCCUGCGAUAUCAUCCAUUAUUAAAGCUUUACUUGAAAAAGAAAUAAGAAUUAGACUAAAAACCAAGGUCUUACUAGUUCCUCUACAGAUUAUAGCCAGUAGAUGGCCGUGCAUGUGUUACAAUCUGUCCAUAACAUGAAUACUAAUUUGAGUACUGCUGCUCUGUGUAUGACAGUGAAAGUGCUCUCAGUGCAGUGACAAUGUUGCCUUUCUGACAACCCUAGCUGAUUUGUUUAAGCUAAACGAAGCACUAUAUUUUCCUUUUGUAGUUGCCUUACACUGUGCAAUUUGGCUGACUGCAUCAAACACUUAAAACAAUCAUCUUUCGUUCUGUCCUGGUUUCUUUUGAUGGACAAGUCAAAAUAUGUGCUGUAUGUGGGGCUGGGUGUCGACCUCAGAUGUAAUGGUGUCCUUAUUGAAUGUGGCACAAGAAUCGGGAAAUCCGGCGGGUUUUUUCCAGGAAAAUGUGAUUAUAGUCAGCUGACUAUACAAAAUAAAAAAGAUUUCAAAAUGUUUCCAAAACUCUGGCGCCAAAUACACAUCAGUAUCAAACCCCCCCCCCCCAAACAACACCCGGCCCUGUGCAUAUGUUACUCAUGUGCUGUGUGUUUGUAUGGAAUUCAUUGUCAGCAUUAAACAGUGCUUUAAGCCUUUCUAAGUGCCACUUGGUCUCACUCAUCCUCUGCUCUUUUACAAAGAACUCUAAUCUCAGGUGAAAAAAAAGGUACAUCACAUCUGAAACCUUAAGACUCACCGCGUGUGUUGUUAUUUUUCAACGUGCUGCUGUUUUGUCUAAUUCAGUAUUUUUUAACUCCCUUUUUUUCUAUUUUUGUUCCUCCCAUGUUCCACGCAGCAUUAUGAUGUUAUUUUGCGCGCACAGACAAGGCUGCACAGCAAUAUCACAUGUUGGAAAAGGUUUUUAUGUAGAAGUGAUUUUAAUAAUUCAAUGGUUUCUAAAUUAGGAUCACUCGCCUGUGUUGUUGGAGUAAGGAUUUUUUUAGUACAGUUGCAAUAGUUGGACUUACUUGAAACGAUUGUAGGAUUAUCAAUGAAAAAUUGACUGCAAAAAUUGUGGCCUAGGAAGUGUAUAUAAAGAAAGUCUUUUCGAGUGGUGUUUUGAAUGUGAGACAUUGCUGGCCAAUGAUGGAUGACAUCUUCUCAGUGACGUGUCGUGAAAGAGCGCAGUUUGGUUUUGUUCAUAAAUGUAUACUGCAUGUAAUAUUUGUAUUAUGUUUAGCAGUUUUACCGAAUUGUAAAUAGAAGCACUAAUCAAGUAUAACAGACUGUGCACUCACGCGUAAAGACGUGCAUGUCCAUAAGGUUUUAUACUGUUCAUAAUGGUAAUGAAUGUACAAAUAAACCUUUGUGUUUGGACGGCGUAACUGAAUAAAGUGAAAUGAAAACAUUG